GACAAGAAAUGCUCUCUACUGGAAUCUAUUCAUAUGUUGAUGUUAGAGAUGUUGCAUAUGCACAUGUUCAAGCAUUGGAGAUUGCUUCAGCUAAUGGCAGAUACUGUUUAGUUGAGACAGUGACAUACUCUUCUGAAACUCGGAAGAUAUUGCACAAGCUUUACCCUACUCUCAACAUUCCAAAAAAGUAA